AUGGCUUCGUUGUUACCCGAUAUUGCAGAGCCAAAGCAAGUUGAAAUAUUUGCUGCACUCGCAGAUGGUAUUCUUCAUGACACUUCUCCUGGGUUGAUCAAAGAAGUUGUUGGCGAUCAUUUGACACAAGAGGAAAUUGAAGAAUAUGCCAUAACUUUUAACAGACCUUCACAGAUCCCCGAGUUUAAAGAAAGGGUUCUCUUUGCGAUUAAUAACAACACCACCGAAGCAUCACGUUUGUUUAUCAUCUUGAUGACAGCUUUGGACUCAAGGAUUAUUGCACCAACAUUAACCAACUCAAUGACUCUAGUCAAGGACAUGAGCUUAAAAGAGCGUGAGCAAUUGAUGGCCUCUUGGCGUGACUCCCCCUUACCAGCCAAAAGGAGACUUUUCAGAAUGGUUCAUGCAUUGACUUUGAAUACAAUGGCUGUUUUAGGUAAUGAGUUACAUUAUAAGGCUAUCCAUUAUCCUGGAAGAGAUUUGAACGACAAAGCCUACGACGGUUUCGAAGCAGACCCAUUUAGAUACGACAUGAUGCCAAAGCCAGAAUUCGAUGACGCUGAGUUGCACUUGACAGACAUCGACGUUGUGAUAAUUGGAUCUGGUGCUGGUGCCGGAGUAGUUGCUCACACGUUGGCCAAUGAUGGGUAUAAAAGCUUGGUUUUAGAAAAAGGAAAGUACUUCUCUCCAUCUGAAUACAACUUUACUGAUAAAGAAGGCGUUGAAACACUUUACCAGGGCCACGGAUUGCUCACAUCAAGGACGCAAGAAAUCUUUUUAUUGGCAGGAUCCACAUUUGGAGGUGGAACUACAGUCAACUGGUCGGCCUGUUUAAAGACUCCAUUCAAAGUUAGAAAAGAGUGGUAUGACGAUUAUGGAUUAGACUUUGCUGCAACUGAUUCGUAUGACAAAUGCCAAGAAUACGUUUGGAAACAGAUGGGUGCAUCAACUGAAGGAAUUAAGCACUCCUUGGCCAAUGAAGUUCUUAUCGAAGGUGGGCAAAAAUUGGGUUACGCCAGUAAAGCUAUCGAACAAAAUUCAGGAGGUCACACCGCACAUUCAUGUGGUUUCUGUCAUUUGGGUUGCAGACACGGAAUCAAGCAGGGAUCUUCUGUCAAUUGGUUUAGAGCUGCAGCUGCAAAUGGUUCCAAAUUUAUGGACCAGGUAAGGGUUGUUCAAAUUUUGCAUAACAAGGGGGUCGCCACAGGUCUCUUGUGUCAAGACGAGGUUUCUGGAAGAAAAUUCAAAAUCACGGGACCAAAGAAAUUUGUUGUUGCCGGUGGAUCAUUGAACACUCCUGUCGUUUUGCAAAACUCUGGUUUCAAAAACAAGCACAUUGGUAAAAACUUGACAUUGCACCCUGUUACCACCGUCUUUGGCGACUUUGGCCAAGAGGUGGAAGCUGACCACUUUGAUAACUCCAUCAUGACUUCGGUCUGUACACAAGUUGAUGACUUGGAUGGAAAAGCACACGGUGCCAAGAUUGAAACGAUUUUGAACACACCAUUUAUCCAAGCCGCUCUUUUACCAUGGAGAGGUAGUGAUGAGGUAAGAAAAGAUUUAUUGCGUUACAAUCACAUGUGUGCAAUGUUAUUGAUCACUCGUGACAGUACAAGCGGAUCCGUCUCUGGUGAUCCGAACAGACCAGAAGCAUUGUACGUUGACUAUAGUGUUAACAAGUUUGACAGAAAUGCUCUCUUGCAAGCGUUCCUUGUUACUUCGGAUAUUUUAUACAUUGAGGGAGCCCAAAGGAUUUUGAGUCCUCAAUCAUGGGUUCCAAUUUUUGAGUCAAAAAUACCAAAGGACAAAAGGUCCAUCACCGACAAGGACUACGUCGAAUGGAGAGAAAAAGUUUCUAAAAUCCCGUUUGACAGUUAUGGAACUCCAUAUGGAUCAGCUCAUCAAAUGUCGAGUUGCAGAAUGUCGGGUAGAGGUCCUAAGUAUGGUGCUUGCGACACCAAAGGAAAACUUUUCGAAGCGUCAAAUAUCUACGUAGCAGAUGCUAGUUGUAUGCCCACAGCUUCUGGUGCUAACCCAAUGAUCACUACAAUGACUUUGGCAAGGCAUGUAGCACUCGGAUUGUGUAAGGACUUGAAGACAAGUGCCAAAUUCUAG